AUGGCGGUAGCUUCCAACACGCGCGGAAAGAAAGCGGCCCACAGGCCUAAUCGCAACGCCUCCUCGAUGAUAAAGGGUACACCCCGCACGGCACCUCGUCCUUGUGCAACUGUCUAUCGAGGCAUGGCGGAGCGCAUCCACUGGUUCACAGCGAGGAGCGAGAUCUUUGGCAUUUUGACGCCAACCAAAGUCAGGUGCAAGAUGUGUAACCGAAACCUCAAGCUCGAGUGCCCCAAGAAGACGGUCCAGGAGAAUACGAAGGGCGGAUACUACCACCACAACGCCAAUAAGCACCUAAAAACCAAGCGUCACCAACGCAAGAUGGAGGUAUGGAAGGCAAAGAAGAGGUCGGAGCUCGCGGUGUUACGCCUGAGGGUCAUCUGA